CGCCAGAAAGUCACUUCUUUUGCCUCCAUCUGACUGCCCUUGGCCACUUCAGCAACAUGAGAGGAACAGCCUUCGUCUUGCUCUUGGUUCUGGCGCUUACAACCAACUUUCAUGUAGAAUGUGCCAAAAACAGAGGUCAACAGGUUGAUUGCAGUGGGUUUAAAAAGUUACCGCCAGGAGAAGAGAGAAUGUGUUAUCUACUAUAUGCCCCAAUUUGUGGUUCUGAUGGCCACACUUAUGGCAAUGAUUGUGUCUUUUGUUCUGAAGUUGUGAAAACUGACCACAAACUUAAAUUUGUACAUUUUGGAGAGUGUUGAGUCUAUCUUAUGAUUCCAAUUCACAAAAGACACAUUUUUUUAUCCCGUAUAAUCUAUGCCACAUUGCCUCAUCUUGUCACCAUGAUGUCUUGACUUCUUCGUAGAAUAAAGUAGACCUAAGUGAAA